AUGGUUCGCCGGAAAUCCAUCAACGCUAAUGAUGCCUACCUAUAUGCCCUACGAGUGGCCUAUCUGUCGUACUUGCUCCAACCUCGGAAAACAAGAAAGAAACAUAUCGAGACGAGGCCGGCAGUCACUCGCAUGAACACUUCCCACUCCUUCAAUGACCUCAUGAAAGAUUUUACAGUGGUUCGAGACGCAAAGAGUGCGAGGUUCCCUCAUGACUUCAUCAAAGAGCUGGAAAAGAGACUGCAAGGCAUCCUGAUGGGCAAGGAGAGACGGCAGGAAUACCAUGAGCCUGUGGUCAAGAGGGUUUUUGCCCUCUUCCUCAACACUCUUUCCGAUCCUGUUUUCAAAAAGCGCAUGGAGGCUGACCGAAGGGCUGAGGAUCUGGUACUCAUCUUCUUCUCCACGGCGACCAAGGAGUUGCAGAAAGGUCACCCGCCUGGGGAUGACGCUGUCAAGCGCUUGGUUGACCGCCAUGUCGCCUUGUUUGUUCGGCUUCUUUCCCUGAUUCUUCGGGAUCGUGACUGGGCUAAGGACAAACCCGACUUGGCUGCUCGGCUGCAGACUCUCGAGUCCAAGUUGUUGAAGGGUGAUGAGAACCUCGCCGCAUCGCAAGCAAAUGGGGAAUGGACCACCAUCGAGGAGGUGGUACCUCUCAGCUAUGAAGUCAAGGACAUGCCUCUAGUUCAGGCGGUGGGGCGCAUUUUUGGCCUGACCAAUACCAUGAUGCAGUCAGACAUCACAAAGAACAAGCCCGUGUGGACAGAAAAGGCUGCUCUUCAAGAUCUGAAGACGUACCAACAGCACCUCACUCUGGGGACGAAGCUGACCCUAAAUUCCCACGACUUUGACACUCAGGAGGCAUACGAAAGUUGGAAAAGAAGCGAAGGCCCAGACCUUUCGCAGCUGAUGCUGGCCAUCAUCCAAUCCAAUCCUGAGCUGGCCAAAAGCACUCCAGGAGGCGCUUUGCCUCAGUUCAAUGCCCAGAAUGAGCCUUCUAGCCCCUCGGAUUCUCAUUAUGCUGAGCUCUCCAGAGCCCUCUCACAAUCUGGGGACUCUUCUUCUUACGUCUUAGAUCUGCCGGCAGAUCUAAGCUCCCUUCAACUGGACCCGGGCGAUUCAUUCAAGCAUGAUGAUGAUGCGGCCCAAGUCUAUACUUUUAUACCCUCUGACCCCAGAACCAUGUUUCGAUUUGUUAUGCUUCAAGCUCUUAACCAUGACCUUAACGAUAAGAUGAAUGGCAGCGGCCCGGAAGGUGGCCGCUUGUUCUCCAAAGAGACUACGGAGCUGCUGAAUGAAAUUGCCUUGAGAUGGCGAAUACCCAAAUUCACACGCAUUGUCCUGUUUCUGGAUGUCGUCCGCGAGAAAUUCAUUGAGAACCAACUCAGUCUGGAAAUGCUCGAUGCUGCCUUCAACUACGUCAAGGAGCCAUUGCAGGAUGACCACAAGAACAAGAGGAGCUCCUUGAUUAUGAGUACGGCCUUAUACGACCGAAAUAAUUGGACCAUCGCCGACUUUGCCUUGAUGGGCAGGCUUCUCAACACUAUCUACGAGACUCUACUUCGAGAUCUGUACGAGGUCAUCAUGACUUCCUACGCUGACAAGGCCCAAUUACCAAGACUGGGGGCUAUUAUGGCAAUCAUAGAUGACCACAUACGAAGCGAUCCCAAUUUCAACCACAACCCCGAAGACUUCGAAAACUUUAAGAAUGCUGCCAUCGAUGGACUGGCCACCGAGGCGCGGAAGAUUUACGACUCUCUUCUGGAUCGGGAACUUCCCCAAGAAAAUGAAAAGUGGGAAUUUUAUCACAUCCAGCAGUUGGCAAAAGCUGUGUUGAAGCUAGCAGAAAAGGUGCAGAAGAGGUUCAGAAAGAACCCGGAAAUCCUCGGUAUCAACCCUUUGAUGAUACUGAUCAAUUGUACCCUUCCAACCUUUGCAGAGGAUUCAAAGGCAAUGGUGGAGCAAAUUCUCAGCGUUGCCGAGAAAGAUGGAUUUGAGGUUACCAUUCAGGAUGGGUUUGAUUUGUAUAAGGAGUUGAGCGAGUUCCGUCGUGUCCACGCUGAUGCCUUGCCACACGUUCCAUUCCCCUACAAGAUCGAAGAGCUCCUGGCCGAUUUCGUCUGGCGAUGGAUCAAGACCACUGAGACACAGGUUAUCGGAUGGGUGGAGAAUGCAGUCAAACAAGAUGAGUUCAAGGUCAGGACGCAAGUGCCGGACCAGACGCCUACUGAAGACGAACGUCACUCAACUUCUGUCAUCGACAUUUUCAGUUCUUUCAACCAGGUCAUCAAUCAGAUCGGCGAACUAAAUUGGGACGACGACUUUAGUUACGCAAAGUUCAUGACGGCGCUUUCGAAGGCUAUUGGCCAGGGUGUUUCGAGGUAUUGUGAACUGCUCGAUCAGAUGUUUGGUAAAGAGAUGGACAGGUUAACUCCGGAACAAGAGGCUGCCGCCAACAGAACGAGACAGGAGAAAUGGGUUCAACUGGCGAAAGACACUUGGAAUCAAAAAGAGAGAGUCGAGCCUUUCAAUUUCUACCCGGAGUCAUUCGUCAAACUCAACGACAUCCUCUUCGCCAUCCAACAGUGGGACAAAUUAGAGACCGAGGUCAACGUUGAUGCUUGUGCCGAAGUCAUCAAAAAAUAUAGUCCGCCACUAGCGCAACGGCCCAAGAAGACAUCGAACUAUGUUUUCACUAUCAAAAUUGUGGAAGCCGAAGAUCUCAAGGCUUGUGAUGUGAGCGGAUUCAGUGAUCCCUAUGUGGUCUUGACGGAUGAAUACCAGAAGAGAUUGUUCAAGAGCAGAAUAGUGUAUCGAAGUCUGAGCCCACGAUGGGACGAAUCCGUGGACAUUACUACACAAGGCCCGCUCAAUCUCAUCGCGACAAUCUGGGACUGGGAUGCUAUGGGCGAUCACGAUUAUGUGGGAAGAACCUCGCUGAAACUGGAUCCCUCCCACUUUAGCGACUUCUUGCCUCGAGAGUACUGGCUGGACUUGGAUACCCAAGGACGAGUCAUGGUGAGGGUCAGCAUGGAAGGAGAGCGGGACGACAUUCAGUUCUACUUCGGGAAGGCUUUUCGAAGUCUGCAACGGACCCAGCGAGACAUGACGAGGAAAAUCACCGACAAACUUUCGGCGUAUAUCAACCAUUGUCUCUCGCGACGAGCGCUCAGAUCCCUACUUAGUCGGGGCAUCUCCAUGGCCAAUGUGUCUGCCAAUGUAUCGUCGUUCUUUGCACGAAACCGAGCAUCGGUAACUCCCACAACCACAAUGCCCACCGACGCCGAGAUUGUCAACGCCUUGAAGCCGCUCUUCGACUACUUCGAUGACAACUUUGCAAUCAUGCAACAAACGCUGACGUCGGAAGCAAUGAUUGCAGUUAUGACACGCAUUUGGAAAGAAGUUCUCGUCACUGUGGAGGCUCUCCUUGUCCCGCCCCUAUCAGACAAACCUUCACAACAAAAGGCCCUAACGCAACAAGAACUCGACAUCGUCUUCAAGUGGCUACAAUCCCUUCUCGAGUUUUUCAAUGCAGUCGACGAAGAGACUGGAGAAGCAAAUGGCGUGCCGAUCAAUGUCCUGAAGAGCCCAAAGUAUCACGAAUUACAAAUGCUCAAUUUCUUUUAUUUUGAGCCGACAGACUCUCUCAUCCGCGAGUCGGAAAGGAUGGCCAGUGCAACGGCUUCCAACCAGCAAAUGCACCGCUCGAGAUUUUCUGCCCCUGCCAAUUUGAACAAUCAUCUAGGUGCAGGCGGUCUCCUCGAUCCUGGCAACCUCGCGGGAGCGCGCCGAGCUAAGAGCAUUUUGCUCUCUCGCAACCUUGGCACGAAACGCAAAGCCAAAGAGGAAAAAUGGAAAGCUGCUCAAGCGGAACCGAAUGACGACAUGAUACUGCGGAUAUUGAGAAUGAGACCUGAGGCAAGCGGGUACUUGAGGGAUCGGAGCAGGCAGAAAGAGAGGCUUGCUGCGGCCGCUGCAGCGGAGAUGAUUGUGAGACAGAGUCUUCUGAGCGGAGGCGGAAGGAUGACCGGACCUUCGGUAAUACGGAGGUAG